UUGCGUCCUCCAUAUUGAAAUUUUCCACCUCGUGGUUUGAUUUGUUGAUUCCAUGGGAAUUGUUGCCUUCGGCAAUAAUUGAUACCCCUAAACAUCACUAAAAUGCCAACAAGCAACCCCCUUCCACCUAAAGAAAAUGCUCUCUUCAAAAGAAUCUUGAAAUGUUAUGAGCAGAAGCAAUAUAAGAAUGGGUUGAAAUUUGCAAAGCAGAUUUUAACAAAUUCAAAAUUUGCAGAGCAUGGAGAAACUUUGGCUAUGAAGGGUCUGACCCUGAAUUGCCUAGGUAAGAAGGAAGAGGCAUAUGAGCAUGUUAGAAGAGGACUACGAAAUGACCUCAAAAGUCAUGUGUGCUGGCAUGUUUAUGGAUUGCUACAGAGAUCAGACAGGAAAUACGAUGAGGCAAUAAAGGCAUAUCGUAAUGCUCUCAGAUGGGACAAAGAUAAUCUACAGAUUUUGAGAGAUCUUUCUCUGCUACAAAUACAGAUGAGGGACCUAGAGGGCUACAGGGAGACUCGUUACCAGCUACUGGUACUUCGUCCAGGACAAAGGGCCUCUUGGAUUGGUUAUGCCAUGUCAUAUCAUCUGUUAGAAGACUAUGACAUGGCUCUGAAUGUACUAGAAGAAUUUCGAAAGACUCAAAUUCCAAAGAGUUUGGACUAUGAGCACAAUGAAUUGUUGAUGUACCAAAACUUGAUUAUGAGAGAGGCAGGAAUGAUUGAUGAAGCAUUAAACCAUCUACAAAGAUAUGACAAACAAAUUGUAGACAGAUUAGGAGUGGAGGAAACCAAAGCUGAGUUACUGCUGCAAAAGGAGAAAUACAGUACAGCAGCUGAUAUGUACAGGAGCCUAAUCAACCGAAAUCCUGAAAACUGGGCCUAUUAUGAAGGUCUAGAGAAGGCCUUAAAACCAGAUUCUGCUGAGGAUCGUCUUAAAUUGUACACUGAUGUAGAACAAUUGUACCCCAGAGCUUCAGCACCCAGGAGACUCCCACUGAAUUUUGCCGAAGGUAGCACAUUCAGGAGUCUGGCAGAUACAUAUCUAAGACGAGCCCUUCACAAGGGUGUCCCACCGCUGUUUGUCACCAUCAAGAAAUUGUACAAAGAUACAAAGAAAAUGGAGAUAAUAGAGGAACUAGUUUUAGGAUAUUUGAACUGUUUGAAACAAUAUGGAAAAUUUGACAAUGCAGAGAGCACGGAACAAGAACCCCCGACCACCAUACUUUGGGUGUACUUCUUCCUAGCCUCACAUUACGACUAUAAACAAGAAACCCUGAAGGCGCUGGACUACGUCAACCUGGCCCUCGAUCAUACACCACUACUGAUAGAGCUCUAUGUUCUUAAAGCUAAGAUCUACAAGCAUGCGGGUGAUAUUGAAGAAGCUGUGCGACUGAUGGAUGAGGCCCAGUCUUUAGACACAGCUGAUCGAUACAUCAAUUCCAAGUGUGCCAAGUACAUGCUGAAAGGCAACUUAGUUCAGGAAGCUGCAGACAUGUGUUCAAAAUUUACAAGAGAAGGAGUGCCUGCUAUGGACAAUUUAAAUGAGAUGCAGUGUAUGUGGUUUCAGACAGAGGCAGCAGAGGCUUAUAAAAGAAUGGGCAAGUGGGGAGAUGCUCUCAAAAAGUGCCAUGAAGUAGACCGACAUUUUACAGAAAUAAUAGAAGACCAGUUUGAUUUCCACACGUACUGUAUGAGGAAGAUGACUUUACGAGCGUAUAUUGGUCUUCUGCGCUUGGAAGACAAACUCCGAAACCACCAUUUCUACUUUGAGGCAGCAAUGACCGCAAUUGAGAUUUAUUUACACCUUCAUGAUCAUCCAUUAUCGGACAGUGAUCAAGACAAAAACCAGGACACAGAGAAUUUGACUCCAAGUGAACUCAAAAAACUUAGAAAUAAACAGAGGAAAGCUGCCAAGAAGGCACAGCAAGCACAAGAAAAACAAAAAGCUGAGCAUGACAAGAAAGAACAGGGAGUCAAAAAACAGACUGAUGGUGAACUAGAUGGUCCUAAGGAGGAGGAACUGAUGCCAGACAAAUUAGCCAGGCCUGAAGAUGCUUUGGAACAAGCAAUUCGAUUUUUAAAACCUUUACAAACAUUUACCAGCAAUAGAAUAGAAACACACGUGUCUGCAUAUGAAAUUUAUAGUAGAAAAGGUAAACAGUUACUGAUGCUGCAGGCUCUGAAGAGGGGCUGUCGGAUCAAUAGGGAUCACCCACAAAUACAUGUGUGCAGGAUUCGCUUCCUAUUAACAGUAAACAAAAAGGGGGAUAUACCAGAAACUGUCCAGAAAGUAUUAAAACAAGAAAUGGAUAAGCUUUAUCAAGGCAAAGAUGCCAAGACUCUUAAUGUCGAGUUCCUGGAGCACAAUAACAACUCAAUUCUUCACAGAUUAGCAGGUGCGAGGAUGAUGUAUGAAUUAGAUCCCACACCAGAAAUUCAAAGAAAGAGUUUAGAAUUAGCCACAAGUCUUUCAGAUUCUUUCACAGGGAUCACCCGAUUGAACUGUAUUGAGGUGUUGGAGGCGAUUUGUCGCGGAGAUUUUGGAUCGUGUGAAUCUGCUGCUCAGGACUACCAGGCAAAGUGCCACAGACUUUUCCCUUUGUGUCCCUCCUUCCUUAUCCCGGCCAAUAGCCAUCCAGACCAAAUCCUCCCCAACGGCUCAUAGCAGACUGCUUCAGUAACUGUCUCACUGUGAACAAGUGGUCUGUCGUGUGAUAUUAAGGACGGAGUGCCCAUCUGUCCCUGACAGCACUAUUUAUAGAACAGUGGUCCUCUGUGAACCCUGCCCUGGACAGGUUAAUAGAGCUAUAGAUCCUCAUCUAUACAGCUGUGUUAUUCAAAAUCACUGCAUCAUCUUCUCUCCCCCAGUUUCUUUUUUUUUUUUUCAUUAUGUUCAGUUUUCAGCAAAUAUGUACACAAAAACUGAUGAUAGUAUUUUAAUGCUUAAUAUUGAUGUAAGCAAAUGAAGAAAAUAAUUCAGCUUGAGAGGUUGAGUGAAUGACCUGUCUCUUUAUUAAUACACAAAAUGCUGUCAUGAUGUGGUUCAAUCAGUAUUCUGAAAACUUUUUUAUCUUUGUUUUUUGACCCUAUAUUUUAUAUUUAAUGACAGUUGCAUUUGUAACAUUGUUAGCUCUACAAGUCAAAGACAGGAAGAGUUUAAUGUAUAAGUAAGAUGUCCUUGAUUUGUCCAUCUGUCUGUCUGUGAAAUAUUUCCUAAGCUGCUUCUCAAUUUUUCUUAAAAAUUGAUACAUAAGUAGACUACAAGAUACACAAUAUGUAUACAUGUAUCAGUUUUUGAUUUAAAUGGUUUAACUUAUUUCCUCGAAACAUAAGCAGACAGCUUCAAAGUACAGUGACAUACAUAUUUCUAUAGUCAGGGCUUGAUUUUGAUACCAUUUCCAAGAUUUAGAGUUUUAUAGAAAAAAAUAUAUCUUUAAAAUUCAUUUAAAUGUUUCCCUAGUUGUUUUUUUUUUUAUAUCAGUAAAACUUGGUACAGAUCCAUCAUUCCAUGAUGCAAAUUUGAAUUUUGGAAUGGCACUGGGAACUCCAACCUGAAGAGCUACAAUUUCGUCAGAGACUUCUGGUCUAAUACUAUUUUUAUUUUGAAAUACAUUUUUUGCUAUGUUACUUCAUUUGUUAUUGAGAAUAACAGUUCAGAGAAAGUCCGAUUGUGCGUCAUUUAUGACGUGUGAAUAUGAAAGGUCAUAUCAUGCAUUUAAAUGUCAUUUGAUAAACCUUAAUGUUUUUUGUAUAUUUUUUGUAUAAUGUGGACUUUAUCAGCAAUUUUUUACCCUUUAAAGUGCAAAUUAAGAUUAGCAAAAGUGAAUGAAACCCUCUUUUUAAAAUAAAAUGAAAUACAUUUUUAGCAAAUAACAUAUUCGGUAAACAAAAUGACUUUUCAUAGUCUAUUAAAUGAGCUAUUUUCCAAACUUGCAUAUCUUCUAUUGAAAAUGCUUACAAUAUAACCGCAUGUUAAGAAUGUUGAGAAACUAGAAUAUUAGUCAUUUGGUUUACUCUCACUUACUAGUAAAGCUUUAAAGUAAGUUUAAUUCUAAUUUCAGGGCUAUCAUGAAAGUGUGUUGGGUGUUUUGAUUAAAAAAACACUUCUCUUUUAUUUUCCCCUCUCCAUUUUAUUUUAAUUAUUAUAGAAUUUUUUUUUGGAGUUCAGUAUUUUAUUUUUCUGGAAAUUGUCCACCAGUAUGCAUGUGCAUUAUAAAUACAUCACAGUACUUGUAUAAGCUACAUGAUAUCAUUACUUUUUUCAGAGUUCACACUCUAUUUUUCAUGGUAUGUGUUUGUGUAUGCAGAGUCAUUUACUUUAUUUCUUUAUACAGUAUUUAAGGUUUUCUUCCUGGGUCUUAAUAACAUUGUCAAUGCUUCUUUCUAAAUCUCAGAAAUCCAAAACGUAGAGCUGUUCUCAUGUUCAAAAACAAUGAAAAAGGGUAUCAGUUAAUGCUAUAAAGGAUGUUUUGUAUCAAAACCACUGCAGCAUAUGAUUUUAAAGAAUCUUGUAAAGCUUACACUGCACAUUCCAUUCUAAAUGAAGUGUGGCAUAAUAAAAAGUUCUAUAACAUAUUGUCAAAUGAACAAAUAUUCAGUGCUUAAUAAUUUUUUUCAUUCUAGUAAGCUGUACAUGUAUUUAGUGUUUGUGUGUGCUUGAGAAUUAUCUUUGUAUCGAAUGUUAUUUGAUCUGAGCGAAAUAUUUUUCCCUCCAUUUUUGUUUGUUGUGAAUGCUUCUGAACUGAUAAACCACAUCUUGAUGCUGGAGAAGUAAUGAUUUAUAAUAUCUGUGUACAAGUAUUUUGAGACUUGACCCUGUAUUAACAUUUAUCUUUAAUCUUUAUAUGUACAGCUAGUCAUAUCCUUCUUGAAGAUGAUCAGUCAUAUCAUCUCUUCUUAGAUUUUAAGAACUUGUUACAGUAAGACAAAGUUAUAACAAAGACACUGGGAUCUGAAAUUACUUUGCUUUAGCCGUAAUUCCUUGUAUUUUUUUUUUUUUAUAAGAAUGUCAUAAGCUUAUUCCUUUUAUUUGUAUCAGAAAUUCAAAAAAAUAUUAUAGCCUAGGAUCCAAGAAUCCUCUCUAUAUAUCCAUGACUUUGCAAUGUCUUUGUUCUCAAUGAAGGAGGUUUCCUGUACACAUUAAAUUUUUGGAAAAAAAUCUUUUAACAUUGAAGAAAGGAAAUACAGAGCACCUAAAAAUCUAGAGAAACAUUACACUUUUAAAUUUUUUUUGCAGAAAAAAAACAACAUGCCCCUUUAAACAAUCCUGCGAUAGAUUAGAUGUUUGUGUGAAAAUAUUAAAAAAAUUCAUGAACAGAAUGCUUUAAUGUGUGAGUGUAUUGAGAUGAAAACCUUGACAUGCAUUUACAGGAUGUAGGCGUGUUCCCUACAAGUUUUAAUGAUACCUAUGUAGUCAGACAUAGUCUCAGUUGAUUGAUUAUUUUAUGUACCGGGUAUGUCUGGGAAGGGAGCAUGGUUUUGUGAAUGGGUGGGCAAGGGAAUGUGGCAUUUGCAUUUACUAUAAUAUUAAGAUUUUUUCCACAUGAAAUAAAUGAUUAUUUCUUGAA